CGAUAGGGAGAAAAAUGGAGUCGUUCUUCAAUUGGCAAUCAUCGUCGUCUCGCAAUAGGUGGAAUUACGAUUCAUUGAAGAAUUUCCGUCAAAUCUCUCCCCUUGUUCAAACUCAUCUCAAAAAGGUCUACCUUUCAUUAUGCUGUGCUUUAGUAGCCGCAGCUGCUGGAGCUUACCUUCACAUUGUUUGGAACAUUGGUGGUCUCCUUACAACACUGGGAUGCGUGGGAAGCAUCGUAUGGCUGAUGUCAACUCCUCAGUAUGAAGAGCAAAAGAGGAUGGCACUUCUGAUGGCAGCUGCACUAUUUAAAGGAGCAUGUAUUGGUCCUCUGAUUGAAUUGGCUAUUGAUUUUGACCCAAGCAUUGUGAUUGGUGCUUUUGUUGGUUGUGCUGUGGCAUUUGGUUGCUUCUCAGCUGCUGCCAUGGUGGCAAGGCGCAGAGAGUACUUGUACCUUGGAGGUCUUCUUUCAUCUGGUCUGUCUAUGCUGUUCUGGUUGCACUUUGCAUCCUCCAUUUUUGGUGGUUCUGUGGCCCUUUUCAAGUUUGAGGUUUACUUUGGGCUCUUGGUGUUUGUGGGCUAUAUUGUUGUUGACACCCAGGAUAUAAUUGAGAAGGCACACACUGGGGAUUUGGACUACGUGAAGCAUGCUCUGACCCUCUUUACAGAUUUUGUUGCUGUUUUUGUGCGAAUAUUAAUCAUAAUGUUGAAGAAUGCAUCUGACAAGGAGGAAAAGAAGAAGAAGAGGAGAAACUAAAUAGGUUCAAGCAGCAGUUAUUCACAAACUUCGUAAUUCUAGAAUCUGGCAUUUUCUUGUUCAUAAGCUUCUGUUGACCUUUGACAACGUAUGUCGUUAAUAGUUUGUACGCUUCGGUUUAGGCUGUGAAGCUCUGUUGUGCUGCAUGCCAAUGUGUGGUUAUGUUGGUACAUAGAUGUUUUUGUUAUGGAAGCAUAACAUCACAUAACAUGUUUACAAUAUAUUGAUAACACACCAGUCACUUCUCGUUC